AUGUCUACAGAUCUAGCUUCAGUGCCAGCGCCAUUAGUUCCGGCCCAGGAUGACCUGCCAUUGGUGCAGGUUUCUCCGAAACAGGUUUUGAAAAUCGCGCUUCGAGUCAAGAAACUCAUUGAUACAGUCGUACCUAUUCAAUUGACUGAAGAAGAAGUUAUUAAACCAAGCUCAAUUGUUCUGACUGAAAAGAUCUUUCAGUUGAUUUUGGAAGCUGCUGGUGGAAAGGGUGACGGAGCUCCUGGUACGUCGUCCAGACGGUAUCGAGCUACUCUUGUCUUUGUGCUAUUAGUGAUUAAGAAAUGGAAUCGCCGUGCUGCUUUGAGUCUGUUGUAUGAUUCCGAUUUGUAUAAUACAAGAGCUUUUGUGGCAGAAUGCUAUGCCAAGCGUAUUUUGGACACGGAACAAGACGAGUAUUAUAUGUUCAGAGACAUGCUCUGUCAAAGAUACUCUAUUACUGUUCAUGGUAGCGAUUCAGCACCAGCCAAUGCUCUUGAAUUGGCAGCCGAUCUCCACUCUACAGUGGUGAUUGGUUCUUCGGGCUACCAGAGAUGUAUGAAAUGGCUAUGGCGUGGUUGGAUGGUUCAAAGCGAUCAGACCCCUACCGAGUACGAUUUCUAUGCCAAGGUCAACGACCCUCGAUUCUGGUCGCAUUUCGAUCCUGACAGAAUCAAGACUCCAAAGUACCAGAACUACAUUCAAUUGUUGGUAUCGUUGAUUUACUUGGCGUUCUACUCAUACGCAGUUAACAAUGCUAAUCCUAGUGCAUCGCUCAUUGCUUCGGAAUUGUGGUUGUAUUUGUUCACGUUCGGGUUUAUUCUGGACGAGAUCAAUAAACUGCUGAAUGUGGGUUAUGCGUAUAUUGGUUUCUGGAAUACGUUUAAUGACACUCUGUAUAUUCUGGUGGUUGUGGCUUUUGGCUUCAGAUGUGCUGCUUUGACAUAUUCUAAAUCGUCGGACCAGCGACUUAGCUAUGAUCUGGCGGCUUACCAUAUUCUGAGUUGCGCAGCUCCGUUGAUCUGGGGCCGGUUGCUAUUGUUUUUGGACUCGGUGCGAUUUUUCGGUGCCAUGCUUAUUGUUCUUAAAGAGCUUAUGAAAGAGAGUAUCAUCUUUUUUGUGUUGUUAGUCGUGGUUGCUGGUGGAUUCUUGCAAGCGUUUAUCGGUCUUGAUAUUGCUGAUGGCACGAGAGACGUGACCAUGCUUGUGGUCCAGGUCAUGACAAGAACCGUCCUGGAUGGAAUUGAUUUCGAGUGGAUGGAUGGGUUCGCUCCUCCAUAUGGUGAAGUAUUGUAUUACAUAUUCACAUUCUUGGUUUCCACGUUACUACUCAAUAUUUUGGUUGCCUUGUUCAACAGUGCUUAUCAGAAUAUUUACGAUAAUGCUACAGAUGAGUACCUGGCAUCCAUGGCUCAAAAGACACUUCGAUUUAUUCGUGCUCCCGAUGAGAAUGUGUUUAUUCCCCCCUUGAAUCUGCUGGAACUGGCGUUCUUGAUCCUUCCUUUUGAAUGGUGGAUGGACGCGUCGAUGUAUCAGCGAAUCAACAGGAUUUUCAUGUCCAUUAUCUACUCUCCAUUCCUGCUUCUUAUUGCUGUUGACGAGGCCAAGGCGGCUCGUCGCGUGCUUUAUAACCGAUCCAAGGGUGUACAUGACGAUGCCAACGAGGAGGAUGAGGAGUGGGAUCUCUUCGACGGUUUCACUAUCGAUGCCCACGGUAUUCACAGCUAUGGCGCCGAAGCUGUCCAAAUGGAAAUGGCGAUUGAAGCUGGUGACCCCGAGUUCAAAAUCGACGAAGACGCCUUCCAAAAGAAGGUUGAAAAGCAGGUUCCCAACUUCGAUCCUCAACGCCAGACCGGUAUCUCUGCCGCCAAGGCCGAAGAACUUAUUGCCAAAAUCGAUGCUCUCAGUGCUCUCGUUGAGAAACUGACUCUUGAAAAGGGCCAAUCCUCGUCUUCCUAG